AUGGCUGUCUAUCUAAGCCAAUGGCUUAAUAAAGCGAUCGUUCUCUCCCUUUUGCUGUUAUUUUACGCUGUGUUCUGCUUCGCUUUGGUAAGAAAGAAUUUAAAUGGCAAUAUUGACGUGUAUGACACACUAAAUUACGACACAACUCGUCUUCGAAAAUCCAAUCGCAUCAAGAGAUCGGUCGGCGACAGUCCUGUAAGCCUGAACUUUCGGGCUUUUGAUCGUCACUUUAAACUUCGCUUAGAACCUGACAAUGGACUAUUUACGAACGAUUUUAUUGUUGAAUCAUCCGGAAAACCGUAUAUGUUCGACCGAAGUAUCGUAAUGAAAGGCAAACUAGCUGAUGAGUCAGAUUCUGAAGUUUACGGUACAAUAGUGGAUGAUAAGUUUCAUGGAAAAAUUAUUUCCAACGGAGAUGAAUACUACGUAGAAUCUAGUAAACCUUAUUUCUCAUCACCAGAGAAAUUUCACUCUGUUAUUUAUCGAAAGUCUGAUAUAAGAUUUAAACGAUCACAUCCUAUCAGCGGGUGUGGAAUUGACCAAGAAGUAGCAAAGAAAAUAGAAGAAGUCAGGCAAAUGAAACGUCCGUUAAAUGCGCGUAAAAAUUCCGAAGAAAAUAUACAACGUGGUUCCCGCGAAUUGCCGACUCAAAACACCUGCCAGUUGUUAGUGCAAGCUGAUCAUACGUUUACUAAGUAUUACGAUAAUAAUAUUGAAACAGCGACUGGAGUUCUAAGUAAUCUGGUUCAAAGUGCUACAAGAAUGUAUGCAUCAACUGAUUUUGAUGGUGAUGGCCUCGCAGAUAAUAUUGGCUUUAUUAUCAAAAGAAUAAAGAUCAAUACUACAGCAGAUGCUUCUCAACCUAACAAUCCUUUCGCUCCAGCUAACAUUGGCGUAUCCAAGUAUCUAGAUAUAGCCUCACAAGCUAAUCACAACGAUUUUUGUCUGGCUGUGACUUUUGCUAAUCGCGACUUCGAAAAUGGAGUAUUAGGGCUGGCUUGGGUAGCUGGCGCUGGUGGUGCUGGUGGUAUUUGCGAUCGAUUUCAACCCUAUAAAGGACAAUCAAUGAGUUUGAAUUCAGCCAUAGUUACUAUUCUGAACUAUGGAUCUCACGUAAGCACAGCAGUGACAGAGGUUACUCUAGCACAUGAGCUUGGUCAUAAUUUCGGAUCUCAACAUGACCCAACAACUAAUCCAACUUGUGCUCCUGGUGGUUCUGUAGGUAACUUUAUUAUGUAUCCAAAAGCAACGGCCGGUAAUAAGGUUAAUAACAAGAAAUUUUCUAGCUGCAGCAAAAACUACAUUAAGCCUAUAUUAAAUAGUAGAGCUACGAACUCUGGCGGUUGUUUCCGCUCAAGAGAAGCAGCAAUUUGUGGUAAUGGGGUAGUUGAGGCAGGUGAAGCCUGUGACUGUGGCUAUCGGCAGCGAUGCAAAGAUAGUUGUUGCAACGCGCCAUAUGAAAACUCUGCACUUACUCCGCCGGGAUAUAAGCCUUGUCAAUUAGUCACUGGAAAAACAUGUAGCCCAUCUGCGGGACCGUGCUGCAAUCCGGUAACCUGUAAUUACCAACCGGCUGCUGGCAAUGUUAGUUGCGCGAAGGCUGGAGAAUGCAGCUUGGAAGCUUUCUGUGAUGGAACUAAUUAUACUUGUCCAACCGCUGAGCCAAAGCCAGAUAUUCAGACUACAUGCGCUAAUGGUGUUAAGGUAUGUAAGGAAGGGCAAUGCGAAGGAUCUAUAUGCGAAAAGUUCGGACAAGUUUCAUGUACUUGCACAGUUACAACAGAUUUGUGUAGCAUUUGUUGCAUGAAUAAGACUAGCAAAUGCGCUGUUGCCAGCUGGAUUUCUGGAGUUAAGAAUUUAUCCCCGGGUACUCCAUGUAAUGCCUUCACUGGAUAUUGCGAUGUAUUCGGUAAAUGUAGACAGGUUAACGAGGAUGGUCCACUAAAUAGACUUACGAAUAUUCUAUUUUCUGCCGAAACUAUCCAGAAUUUGUUGGAUUGGAUAAAAAAGUAUCCUUGGGCUGUAGCGUUAAUUUGUCUUGGUGUUAUUAUGUUUAUGGCGUUAUUUAUUAAAGCUUGUAGUGUACAUACACCCAGUAGUAAUCCAACCAUGGUUAGGCACCGUCAGUUAACACUUCGUCGAAGUCGACGCUAUCGCGAUGACCAAGAUCCGCAAUUACAAAGACGUCUUCCGCCGUCUGGCCCUGGAGAUGCUAGAUACUUUAAGCAAGAUCCUAGAGCUCCACAAUCUAGUGAUCAUCAAGGUGCCAGCCAUCACGGUAAGCACGGAUAUCAGGCGAAGGCUCAGUAUCGCGAUCGUACAGAAUUACAGCAUAUAACAGCUAUAAAACCUAAAGCAUAA